AUGUCAUCCCACCAGCCGUGGUACCAUGGCAAUAUCACGCGUUCCAUGGCUGAGGACCUGCUGUCCAAAGAAGCCAAGGAUGGAAGCUUCCUCCUCAGAGACAGCGAGUCCAUACAAGGAGCUUAUGCCCUCUGUGUGCUGUACCAGAAUUGUGUAUACACCUACAGAAUACUACCCAAUGAAGAAAAAAAACUGUCUGUGCAGGCAUCGGAAGGCGUCCCCAUUCGGUUCUUCUCUGUGCUCUCAGACCUGGUGGAAGCGUACUAUAAAGAGAACAUGGGUUUAGUCACACACCUGCAGUAUCCCGUACAGAAGGAGGAGGAGCCGGAGGAGGAACCAGAGGCAGUCAGCGUACCUCCUCUUCCACCCAGAAACGUCCCGGCCAAUGAAAGUCGAGAGUCCCAUGCUGACCCUGGCAGGGCAAUAGAACCGAGCCGACCAUCCGUCUUGGACAGUUACCAUCAGCGACUGCAACUCGUCGAUAUGUCACACAUCUCUGAAGAGCAUCAAAAGGCAAUCCAGGAUUAUUUUUGUUCAGCUGUGAGUCUGGAUGCUGAUCAGGUUCAGAAUGGAAACCCCACCCUCCCCAACCUGAAAAAACUUGUCAUGACCAUCUGCAAGAGCCUCAACAGUGAGAUUUCUCGUACACUUCCUGUUCUGGAGACUGUACAGAAACUUGUAGACCAGCCUCAGUCCCCUGGAGGUGGGAGACUCAGGGGACAACUGUCUGUGGAUUCCAGCCAGUCUGUGGCUUUUAGGCUGGAGCAAAUCACCAAGCUUAUAUAUUCAAUAGAGGACAAGACUAAGAAUGCAGUAUUUGAAUCUGUUGGUUAUGACGGAGGCCACAGGAAGUCACUUAUACCACCUGUAACCUUUGAAGUGAAAUUAGACUCCCUUGGCAUUUCAAACAAAAUGUUCCUAAAAGUUGACGUGGAAGGUGGGAAGGUUUACUUCAAGAAGUCCAAAGAUGGUCCUGAGGACAAAUACUUUGUGCACAAUAAAAUCUUGCAGUUGGUGAAGUCCCAGAAAAUGCAAACCAAACUAGUGAUAGUGGUGGAGACGGAGAAGGAGAAGACUCAGCGCAAAGAGUUUGUCUUUAAUGACACAAAGAAGAGAGAAGGCUUCAGUCAAUUGCUUCAGCAGAUGAAAAACAAACACUCAGGCAAACCUGAACCAGAUAUGAUCAGCGUCUUUGUUGGCACAUGGAACAUGGGAAAUGCAAACCCACCCCACAACAUUUCAUCAUGGUUUCAGUCCAAGGGUCAAGGGAAGACCCGCGACGACACGGCCAAUCAUAUCCCUCACGACAUCUAUGUUAUUGGAACGCAGGAGGACCCACUGGGAGAGAAGGAAUGGAUAGAUACAGUGAGGAGUACACUCAGGGACAUCACCAACAUCAGCUUUAAACAGGUAGCCACUCAGACGCUGUGGAAUAUAAGAAUUGUUGUUCUCGCCAAGCCAGAACACGAGAACCGAAUCUCGCAUGUCUUCUCUGACAGUGUUAAGACUGGAAUAGCUAAUGCUCUAGGAAAUAAAGGAGCAGUUGGGGUUUCCUUUAUGUUUAAUGGCACCUCAUUUGGGUUUGUCAACAGUCACUUGACCUCAGGGAGUGAAAAGAAGUUCAGACGGAAUCAGAACUACAUCAGUAUUCUGCGCUUCUUGAAUCUGGGCGAUAAGAAAGUGAAUCCUUUUGACAUUACGCAUCGCUUCACACACCUCUUCUGGCUUGGGGAUCUGAAUUACCGGGUUGAUUUACCACCAGGGGAAGCAGAGAACAUUGUGACGAAGAUCAAACAGCAGCAAUAUCAGGAACUGUUGAGCAGAGACCAGCUGAACAUUGAGAAGGGCUCAGGGAACAUCUUCCUGGACUACGAAGAAGAAGAGAUCACCUUCCCCCCAACAUAUCGUUUCGAGAGAGAAACUCGUGAAAGAUAUGCCUACACCAAAGCCAAAGCAACAGGGACCAAAUAUAACUUGCCAUCGUGGUGCGACCGUGUGCUGCGCAAGUCCUAUCCCAUGGUACACGUGGCCUGCCACUCAUAUGGAUGCACCACUGACAUCAUGACAAGUGACCACUCACCUGUAUUUGCUACAUUUGAUGUUGGUGUUACUUCGCAGUUUGUCUCAAAAAAUGAUCCAACAAAAGAUUCUCAGGGUGCCAUCAAAUUCAUGAACUGUGUUGCCACUCUUAUGACAAAAUCCAAGACAAAGUUCUUCAUCGAGUACCACUCAAGCUGCUUGGAAAAAUUUGUUAAGGGUCCUGACGGAGAGAAUCAAGACUGCAGAGAGGGUUUCAUAAAGGUCCGAUUUGGAACACAAGUAGAGCUCACUCCCAUCAUUGCAGACCCAGAAUACUUACUUGAUCAGCACAUUCUCAUCAGUAUAAAGUCUGCAGAUAGUGAUGAAUCAUAUGGUGAGACGUGUGUGGCUCUGCGGUCUGCAGAGAUCGCCUAUACUGAGUUUGAUGUCAUACUCACGCAUCAUGGAGAACGCACAGGUACGCUGACGGGGGGCAUUCAGCUGCGCACCUCAGAAGGGAAACAGACAGAGAAGCUGUACGACUUCAUUAAGGUUGGCGAUGACUCAGGUGCCAGUAAAGGCAAAUCAGGAGACAACAGCAACAAGUCAUUUAUGGUCUUACCCACUGAUAUUAGCAACCCCAGUUAUAUGGGUGUGGGCUACAAGGGCAGCAGCGUGUCUUCUCGAGUAGGGGCCUCUGGGCAUGGAGCUAAAGAUGGGGGUUCUGGGAACAUGUCCCCAAAAAAGACUGGAUAUGAUCAUUCUGUGUGCAGCCCCACAGGCAAGACCUCCAGUCCUGUAUCUGAAGAUGGUCAACCACCAGAGAUGUUUGACAAUCCUCUCUACGGCUCGAUGGGGAAGGCGCGAUGUGGCAAGGAUCAGGAAAUUUCCCGAAAAGACCACUUGUCCCCCUCAGAAAUUUUUGCAUUCCCCAAACCACCAGAUUCUGACAGUGACCGUGUUCCCCCUGUCCCGACACCUCGCAACCGCUCCUUCACCUGCUCUGAAAGCAAACCACAGAAUCCUUCAUCGGUCCCCACCGCCACCUCCAGCAGCAGCAGCAGUCUACAGCCUCUGUCCUUCACCAAAAAGCCUGUAGUGCCCUCCCGCUCUGAGGGAGGCAUGAUAAUGUCAGGGAAGCCACCUCUGCCGAUGAAAAACCGUCAAGACCCACAACCCCAGCUCAAACCCAGAGACUAUAGAGACAGCUCAGAGUUACCCUGCAAGAUACGGCCACCCACCAGACCCGGUCAGCCUCUGCCCAAAGAUGGGCAUCAUGAGACACAGCCUCCGAAGACGGGUCGUCCACUGAAAUGAGUUUCUCACCUCCAGAAAGCCUUCUCUGAUGGUGUCCUACUGUUCUGCACGAGCAAAUAUGACAUCAUUCCAGACGAGGGACAAAAUACGCCCAGUAUUUGUCCCUCGUCUGGAAAAGAAGCCCAGUGCUAGCUGAUGUAACCUGAUAUUUCCCCAUUCUUGCACAAACUCUUCUUUUCUAUCAUGUCAAAUUGAAUAUGUCCUGAAUGUAUGGCGCACACAAUUUAUCAGUUUUACCAGUUUUUAUUUUGUGAGAUGGUGCGUAAUGAUAAGCAACACUUGUUCAAAGACAGGAAGAUUAAAUCCAGAGAAGCACAUAAGUCUCAGGAUAUUUUUGUUAAUUACUGAUGCAGAUGACUGAUCUUCACUGGCCUACAGUUUUUUUUCAUUUCCUUUUUGUUACAAGGGAACUACUGGCUAAGCUGGACCAUCAACAUGAGCCAGUUUUUUAGAAACAAUGCAUAAAAUUGCAGUUUAGACCCCAAAUCUGGACUGAUACUGUAAUUCCCCUGAUGCUGUGCUGAGGAAUAGUAUAAGGAGAGAGUAAUUUAUUAAGUGGAACCAAGUAGUAAUGAAAUAACCAUUUUGUCAUGUCACAUCAUUUUGGAAUUUCACAAGUCCUACCUGCACUCUUACAGGUGCUUUUGGAGUGGUGCCAUAGAAGAUUUUGGUUCACUACUGAACUUUUCAGUGGGUAGUUCUUUAAAGAACGAUAGAACCAUAUAUCCAAGCCAAGAACCAUUUAAGAACCUUUAUUUUUUAAGAGUGUGAACACUCCAUUAUUUCUGGUUUUAGAAAGAAAACAUCCAUAUUAGACCAGUUGUGAUCAGCUCAUCAUCAGUUACCUCUUGUGCAUUUAAACCUUGCAUUAAAACUCAUCUCAAUUGUG